GUAAACAAAGCAGCACGACGGCAUGAGGUUUGGAAAAGUCCCGCAGGACAGAAAAUAAGUUAUCACAUUAUAACUGAAACACAAUGGAGCCUGUGAAGAAACGUCUGACUGAGUUUUCACUGGAGGCUCACGAUCUGUAUCUGAACCAAUCAGUGCCUUACCUGGAGGAGCCACCUGACCCACUGCAGUUCUACCGCGACUGGAUUGGUCCAAACAAGCCCUGCAUCAUUCGCAACGCCUUAAGCCACUGGCCGGCUCUGUCCAGGUGGACGCCAGAAUACCUGAGGGAGAAGGUGGGGUCAAAGGUCAUCAGUGUGGCGGUGACUCCUAACGGCUACGCAGAUGCUGUCAACGGGGAUCGCUUCGUGAUGCCUGAAGAGAGACAGAUGAGUUUUUCUUCUGUUCUCGAUAUCAUCGAGGGGAAGGUGCAGGAGUGUGGAGUGUUUUAUGUUCAGAAGCAGUGCUCUAACCUGCUGGAGGAGCUGCCAGAGCUCACUGACGACUUGGAGCCUCAUGUUCCCUGGAUGAGCACCGCGCUCGGGAAGUUACCUGAUGCGGUGAAUUUCUGGCUCGGCGAGUCGAACGCUGUCACCUCCAUGCACAAAGACCACUAUGAGAAUCUUUACUGUGUGAUUUCUGGAGAGAAAAACUUCAUCCUGCUGCCGCCCACAGACCGACCCUUCGUCCCCUAUGGUGUGUAUCAGCCAGCCGUUUACCGCCGGCAGGACGACGGUGCGUUCGAGGUUGUGGAUCAGAGCGACUCUGAGAAGGUCCCGUGGAUCCCUCUGGACCCUCUGGACCCGGACCAGGAGCGGUACCCGCAGUACCAGAGAGCUCAUCCAGUCCACUGCAGCGUGAAGGCCGGAGAGAUGCUGUACCUGCCGUCUCUGUGGUUCCACCAUGUCCAGCAGUCACACGGCUGCAUCGCAGUGAACUUCUGGUACGACAUGGAGUACGACAUCAAGUACAACUACUUCCAGCUGCUGGAGACGCUGUGUGAGGUCACAGGGUCGACGUGACAUCGCAGCAGCUGCACGAUGUCACGUGAUGGUUUGGGUGUCAGGUAGAAAAUUUAAUGUGGUGAAAUCAUGAAUAAUCGGCUGAAUGACGUGAAGCAACCGUAAAAUCAAAGUCUGUUGGAUUUAAACGUCUGGAUCAUAUUAAUGUUCAUUAAACUCUCAGAAUGAGACCACGUCAUUCAUUAUUCUGAUUACUAGCUCAUGUUACACCUUGUGGACAGGUGUGUAGGAGAAUGAGUCCAGUACCGAGUUCUGGAUUCUCUCGCACAGGACAUGACCAGUGCCUCAUGAAGGCCACCGGCUCAUGAUCCCGUGCAACAUCCAACGCCCGCUGCUCCACCCGGCUCACAUGGGAACAGGACCGAGUGACUAUUAAACUAGUACCGGCUGGGAAAACGUGGCAGUCUUCUAAAUGUGUCAGACAUCAGGUUACUCAGUGUGAAGUUGUGUACAGAGCUCACUCCCAUGAGAGAGAGACAGGUGGAGUUUAGCCUCCACACACCAUCAGCAGCAGCCUGCACCUUUGCCACGAGGCAGGAUGGACCCGCGGAUCCACGCGCUUUAGAUCGGAACCAUCUGCGCGAGGCAGCAGGAAUCCAGACUUCUUCUGUCGGGAGACGGUCUUCCAUCUUCCACCGUCUAGUGUUGGUGAGCCUGCGCCCACUGCAGCCUCAGUCUCCGGUUCUUGCUGACGGGGGUGGAACCAGCUGCUGGAGUCCGUCCACUUGGCAGUUCAACAUGUGUGUUCAGAGAUGCUGUUCUGCAGAGCUCUGCUGUAGCGCCUGCUUAUCUGAGCCGCUGUCUCCCUCCUGUCAGCGUGAACCAGUCUCUCCGUUCUCCUCUGACCUCUCUGAUUGAGAAGAACUGCUGCUCACUGGACGGUUUCUGGUCUUCCAGACCGUUGCGGUGAAAAUCCAGGAGAUCGGCCUUUUCCCAGAUCGUCAAACCACCCACGGCCGCUCCACAGUCGGAGUCACUUAGAUCACAUCGGUUCCCCAUGUUGAUUAAUACUGUGAACAGCAACUGAAGCUGUUCCCUGUAUCUUUUAUGCAACGAGUUGCUGCCGCAUGAUUGGCUGAUGAGAUACUGUCCUGGUUGAAAUGAUUGGCACCCCUGAAUUUUACAUACAGAAUAUAGAGUAUCUUCAGAAAUAAAUGCAAAUGAACCA